GGUGCCUCUGUUUGUAAGUGAGCCGGAGCAGCAGGAAUACCAUCCUGCCAGCUUUGCACCAUGAUUGUCCCAGAGUCACACGAUGAGCAACUGCCCCCAAGUGGUUCUGUGGGCAGAGGCACCAGCCAACAAUACGGAUCCAACCAAUCUCCAUCUCAUCACUCUGGAAGUCCACAACAUGCUAUCCCUAAUGGGAAUAUUUCACCAAUCAACACCAGUCUCCAUCAUGAGCCACAGGAUUACACCGAGACAGACUUUCUGCUCCCGAAUCAACUCUAUGGUGGGUCAAAGUUCAGUGGAUCCACGAGUGCAAUGGAUGCAGGUGGCUCCGGUGAACCUGCUGAGUCAAUCUGUUCCAUGGUGCUCCAGAUCCUGGUGCCAUUUAUGUUGGCCGGGCUCGGGACUGUCUCUGCUGGGAUGUUGCUUGAAGUGGUUCAGAGCUGGGACGUGUUCCAGGAAAUUACAGAGAUCUUCAUCCUGGUCCCUGCAGUAUUAGGCAUGAAGGGGAACCUGGAAAUGACUCUGGCCUCGAGACUCUCGACUGCUGUGAAUGCAGGAAAAAUGGAACCUGCCAGAGAAAAGUGGAUGUUGAUCUUUGGGAACUUGGCGCUCAAGCAGCUUCAAGCCACAGUACUUGGCCUGUUAGCCUCUUUGAUGGCGACUCUGUUGGGCUGGAUGGCAGUAGGAAAGAUGCCCUUACACCAUGUAAUGCUCCUGUGUUCUGCCAGUGUUUCUACCGCCUUCAUGGCUUCAUUGCUGCAAGGUGUUAUUAUGGUGGGAGUGAUCAUUGGCUCCAUGCGGAUGGGAAUCAACCCUGACAACGUAGCCACACCCAUGGCUGCCAGCUUUGGAGAUCUCAUCACUCUUGCCUUCCUGGCCUCCUUUAGUCAGUGGUUCUACUCCUUCCUAGACCUGUACCCCUACGUAUUGUACCUGGUGGAUAUGUUAUUUUUAUGCCUGAUUCCUCUUUGGGUGGUCAUCUCCUCCAAACAUCCAGCCAGUCACAUCCUGCUCCGCACAGGCUGGGAACCAAUCAUAACAGCAAUGGCCAUCAGCAGUAUUGGAGGACUUAUUCUGGACAAGGCUGUGUCGGAUCCGAACCUGGCAGGAAUCAUAGUUUAUGCUCCAGUUAUAAACGGUAUUGGAGGAAACCUCGUCUCCAUUCAGUCCAGUCGUAUUUCUACUAAUUUGCAUUUGAAUUACUCACCUGGAGAUGUUCCUGAAGAACGUAAGGGCUGCUACAGCCCUUUUCGCACUUUCUUUGGUUCAGGAGCAAACCACCGAUCUGCUCAAGUUUUGCUUCUCUUGGUGAUCCCCGGUCAACUCGUCUUCUUACUCACUAUUCACCUGAUGAAAGGAGGCCGCACUUUGCCCAGUCCUCUCCUCACUGUUGCCUUCUUGUCUGCUUCCCUGAUUCAGGUCUUCUCCCUGCUGUGUAUAGCCGACUGUAUGGUCCACUCUCUAUGGCGGAGGGGUAAAGACCCCGACAGUUACUCAAUACCCUACCUCACAGCCCUCGGAGACCUAUUAGGGACUGCUCUCCUCUCUCUUGCCUUUGUCAUCCUGUGGUGCGUCGGUGACUCAGGCAGUGUAUAGGUUCAAAGCAAAAAAAGGUUUGCAGCAAAACCACCAUAGUAGUGAAAUAAUAUACAAAGAAACUGAAUAUUUUCAGUAAAGUCAGCCUUUUUUUUCAAAGUCACUUUUUUUACCAGAUGUGGGCUCUUUUUUUUCUUUACCUCAAUCUAUUAUCCUGCCUCUUGACUUUUUUCUGAAUUACCUUAUCUUCUCACAUGAUCCUACAUCUUUGCUAGAUGUGCAGUUUCCUGCCUUACAGGAUGUUUAUUAAAGCACUCAUUGUUGUUUUUAUUUCCUAGCAAAUGGCCAAACACAUGGAUGCACACAAUGAGCUUAAGACUCGUAUAGUUACAGUAAAGUGCACUUACUUGGAGCACACCUCAGCACAACAUUUUGGACACCAAACAGAAGGAAAUGGAAAACAGAAUGCCCAUAACUUAAAAUUCAAUUUUGGUUAAUAAUGUGAAUAUUCAUAUUGUGAAUGAAAAAUAAGGAACUUCUCAGUUUAUUUUGUAGUGGGCAUACAGAAAAUCCUAUCAGGCAUGUUGUGUGCCUGCAUAUCACAUAGAACACUGAUAAACCAAUUGCUGGAUCACUCCUUGUUAUCUAUCAACA